AUGGCACAGCAGCAGGACUUCUUACUGGAGCAGCAGGCCCGGGAGGACCCGGCUCCAGUUGACCUGCCUCCAAAAAUGUAUUUGGAGACAGAUAUUGACACAGUGAGACGGGAAAACCAAGCAGAAGAUGAGGAGAUCAAACCUGACAUGCCACCACUGUUACUGAUCGAUGACCAAAAUGUGAUUCCACCCCCUCCGAAUUUCUGCCAAGGAUUUGAAAUGAAACAUUUUCUGGAAUUUAAUCACAACUUCCCCAGAUACCCCUGCAGAUCUAUCUCUCUGCCCAAAGGUAUCAACAUGGUGUGUGAGGAUGGCAUGAGCCACAUAAACACCAUCAGCUCAUUGCUGGAGCAGAAAGAAGACCUGCGGAAGCGACUUUCCUUCACGACACACAAGCUGGAGCUGCUGCAGAGCGAGUUUGACGCCACGCGUCAGUACCUGGAAACCGAGCUGCGCCGCGCUCAGGAAGAACUGGACAAGUUUACCGAUAAACUGCGCAGGAUCCAAAGCAGCUACUCGGCACUGCAGAGGAUCAACCAAGAUCUGGAGGAGAAGAUUCACAGAGAUUCGCAACACCAUGAAGACGAAAAGCGAGCCCUGAGCAGAGAGAUCAUCGUCCUCAACAACCACCUGAUGGAGGCCAAGCUCACCAUCGACAAGCUUCAAGAGGACAAUGACGUCUACAGGAAGGAUUGUAACCUUGCUGCUCAGCUUCUCCAGUGCAACAAGUCUCUUUACAGGGCCCAGCUCUCUGAGCUCCCUACUGACUUUCAGGAGCGACUGACUAUGCAGAUGGAAGAAUCUCCACUCUGCCGCACGUACUCGGACUCUGUGCCGGCCUCGCUCAUCGGGCAGGUGCUCGAGAAGCCUGAUGAGGCGUGCUGCAGCAGCCAAGCCUCACGCUCCCCCAGCCCUCACACUCCUGAGCACGCUUUCAUUCUGGAGACAUUGGCCCAAGGGGAGCGCCUGGGUCUGCGUGCGGCCUACAAGUCCGACCUGUACAGCAGUGACACCGCCCUUUACUGCCCCGACGACCGGCACCGGGAGCGCAGGCCCAGCAUGGACCUUCACGGUCAGAGGAAGCUUCUCUAUGAACCGCAGAAUUCCACUGACAGCAACCCGGAGGAGUGCUCUGUCGGCCUGAGACCUGGUUUCACCCAGGAGCACUUUGCUGAGUUCCCUGCCUUGGGCGUGGGCUCCAGUUCCUACUCCAGCUUCAGCGGAGGGGGCUCAGAAGAAAAAGCCAACGGGCCGCCGAGCAGUGGCGCUUCUUCCCCACAUCAUCACACCCUCUACAUGGACUGGAGGGACGCGGGGGACUACGAGAGGAAGAGCGACUCGUCCUGGGAGAGAGAUAGUCCUCGAGGGUUUGGUAACAAUCAUCCCUUCCAGCAGACGGAGAUGAUCCACCAGCAGAACAGCAGCUCACCUGUGUACAGUCGCACCAUGUCCUCCUGUUUUAGCGAACCCUACGAGCCCCUGCCUCCAUCGUCCUCCCCAAGCGUCGCUUACGGGGACAGCCGCCGAGGAAGCACCCUGGCCCCCGAGGAGGAGGAGCUGAUUGGAAGAUGGCGGCAGCUGAGCGCAGAGGACUUGAGCUCUCACUCCUACCGCAGUCCCGGCCGGGCUUCGCCAUACAGCUUCUCUGAGCAGCACUUCUCCGUCAGGCCAGCUAAGAUCCGCCUGGGGCCGCUCUACAGCAGCUUCCAAGAAGGUGCCGACUACUACCACCAGCAGGGACCCGGCGUCAUGCAGGAUCCGGUUUGGGUGGCUGCAAGUCCAGAGUGCAGCCCGGUGCUCCGCCAGGCUCACAGCCAAGCCCACUUGUACGAGGACAGCCAAGGCUCCGAGCACAGCCUCUACCACUCGGGCAACUCCAAAGAACAAGAGGGUAAUGAGGCAUCUGGAGGCCAAAGCGUUGAUUAUGGGGACCAAAGCCCCAACAGCUCCACCGAAUCCCUCAACCGCCGGUCCUUGGAGAUGGCGGCGGACCUUCAGCACUUCCAGGCGGAGAUGCACAACCUGUCCGCCCAGGUGAGCCCGUCUUUGCCGCCACCAGCGCCGCCCCCUCCGCCACCGUACCACCAAAAAUUUGGGUCUCUGGGACUUUCCCGGAAAGACAGUCUGACCAAGGCGCAGUUGUAUGGAACACUCCUCAACUGAAGAACCUUACAGAACAACGGGAAUAGAAGCCACAGAAUUGUAUGUAUUGUGAAAAAGGUGAGGAGAGUAAGUCAUGUCAGUGAGAGACCACUAUACAUUUGUAAGAACGGAACGUGUGCAGUGGCACCUUGACUUACGAGAGUUUUCC